GUUCUAGCUAAUUUGCCUACUCCACUCCUUUUUUAUAUAGCCAUAUUAACUCUUAUUGUCAAAACAUGGGCAAGUCGAACGGCAGCAGCAAGCAGUCGGCACUGAAGCGGCUGCGCUCCUCUCUCUCGGCAGCCGGCCUGACCGGCCCCAAGGCGCAUGUCACCAAAAAGGACAAGAAGCGCGGGGUAACAAAAGCCAGCGGCCGCAACGAGGACCGCAAGCAGAAGCUCAAGGCGAUCCAGUCAGCAAUGAACCCGUUCGAGCUGCAAGUGAACCGCAAGAAACUAAGCGUUUUGGGCUUGAAGCGCAAGGACGAGCAAGUCAACGUGGCCGUGGCCCGACAGAAGGCCAUGGAGAAGCGCAAGGCAACAAUUGGCAGCGAGCGCAAGAACCGCAACAAGGCCGGCGCCUUUAUCGAUCGGCGUAUUGGCGAGAACGACGCAAAGAUGGAUCCUGAGGAGAAAAUGCUGCAGAGAUUUACGCUUGAGCGGCAGAAGCGCAGCCGCAACUCAUCCAUGUUCAACCUGGAGGACGACGAUGACGUUGAGGGAGCGAUUACGUCCUUGACACAUUUUGGCCAGUCUCUGGAUGACAUGGAUACGUUUGACGAUAUGGUUGGCAGCGACGAUGAGGGCACGGGGGCGAUUGACCGGGACACUGUUGCUGGUGACCACUUUGGUGGAUUUGAGCAGGAGGGCCCAGCGCGCAAGAAGACAAAGGCCGAGGUCAUGCAGGAAGUCAUUGCCAAGAGCAAGCAGUUCAAGCACGAGCGCCAGCUGGCCAAGGAGCAGGACGACGAGGUGCGCCAGGAGCUUGACGACGACUUCGCCGCCGUCCGUGCACUGCUGUUUGACGGCGACGACGAUUCCAAGCCUAUGAUGAAGGCUGCCGAUGGCGAGGACAACGAUAUGGAUCAGUCGUACGACGCUGCAGUGCGCGAACUGAUCUUUGAACAGCGGGCCCGUCCGCAGGACCGCCUUAAGACCGAGGACGAGCUCAUCCGUGAGGAGAAGGAAAAGCUCGAGCGGGCAGAGCGCCACCGGCAGCGGCGCAUGGACGGCUUGCCCUCCGACUCAGAGCCCGAGUCAGACGACGAGGAUGGCCUCAAGAAGGGGUAUGCUGCGCAGAGCAACCGUGCGCCUGAGGCCGACGAUCUUGGUGAUGAUUUCGCUGUGGCCGACAGUGACGAUGAGGGCAAUGCCGCCGAUAUUCAGCUUGGAGCCGGCCUUGGUGCCGAGGAGUCGGAGGAUGAGGAUGAUGAAGAUCGCAGUGAUGGGUCAGAUGAGGACAGUGAUAGCGAGGACAAUGACGACGAGGGCAGUGACCUUGGUGACAGCGAUUCCGAGACAGAGUCGGAGCCAAAGAAGGUAAAAAAGGUUACCAAGGCCCUAAAGGUCUCUGCCGACUCAAAGCCAUCGUCAUCCGAUGAUGCCCUGCCGUUCACAUUUACUGCGCCAGCCGAUUACGACCAGUGGCUCGAAAUCGUCGGCGACUACACACUUGAGCAGCAGCUGGUGGUGAUCAAGCGUCUACGCACGCUGUAUCACAUUCGCCUCUCACCACAGAACAAGGAGAAGCUCUCCAACUUGUGCAUCAUUCUGCUGGAGCACCUUGCCGUUCUGACUGAGCAGGAUCCGCCGGUACCCAUGGUGAUCAUUGACGAGAUCUCGAAGCACAUUGGCGAGCUCAUCUCUAUUGAUGUUGACCGUAUUGGCGAGCACUGCCGGCAAACAGUCAUUGAAAUCCACAUGCGCAUUCUGGCAGCGAUCAAGGGCUCAGCGGGCACUGCCGAGAAGCACGUCACUGCCCCAGCGGUUAUGCGCCCGUCGGAUGUCGCGCUGAUGCGCCUGUUUGUCUCGCUGUUCUCAUCGUCUGACCGGUACAAUUCGGUGGUCACACCGAUGCUCAUGGCAAUGUGCCAGUUCCUGUCGCAGUACACGUUCACUGAGGUCAAUGACUUUGCUGCUGGCCUGGUUCUGGUUGGCAUCAUCCAUGAAACCCAGCGUUUGUCGCGGCGCUUUGUCCCUGAGACGCUUAGCUUUUUGUUCGCGACCCUGUCUGCCACUGUCUGCGAUCCAGCCAACUCGAAGGACUGGAACGGCCAGUUCCCGCUGUCGAAGCGGCAGCGCGAGGCAUAUGGAGCCUUGUGUAUUUCUGACAAGUCGUCGACUGUAGCGCCGGUCACCUGGGCAUGGCUGUCCGCUACUUUUGGCGAUGAGGGCGAAAUUACCACCGCACAAAAGCUAGGUGUUCUGCGAUCGUGCUUGCUGCUCGCGCGCAAGUACAUUGACGUGUAUUUUUCCACACCUGCAUUCAUCGAGCUGUUUACCCCGCUGCAGGCGAUUCUCGGCCAGGUCUCGGAGCGCACCGCAGAUAAGGCACCUAAGGAGAUUGGCGACCUCGUAAACGAGGUUCGGUCGUAUCUCGACGAACAGCUCGAGCAGUCGCAUGCCUCGCGGGCACCACUCAAGAUGCAGUACCACAAGCCGCUCGCCAUCCAGUCGAUUACACCAAAGUUCGAGUCCAACUACAGCAUCGAUGCGCACUACGAUCCAAACCACGAUCGUAACGAGAUUCUCAAGCUGCGCCGCCAGGUCAACAAGGAGAAGCGCGGUGCCGUCCGCGAGCUGCGGCGUGACGCCCAGUUCAUCCAGGCUGAGCGGCUCAAGGAGAUGCGUGAGAAGGACAAGACCUAUGAUGCGAAGAUGAAGAAGGCGUGGGGUGUUUUGGAGAACGACCAGAGCGAGAUGAAGAAGCUCGACAAGCUGCGUAUCAAAGAGCAAAAGGGCAAAAUUUAGUGGCCAGCUAGAAUAUAUUCAAAACUUGUCUUAUCCUGCUUGAACACCC